AUGAAUCCGGGGCCUGCUCCCCGCCCACCCACCGAUCGCCCACCACGACUCAAUCUCACCCCAAAUGUCAAUCAAACCCCCGGCAACCCCGGCCUUCGAUCCCUCACCAGCAACAACUACUCCAACCCGACGCUCCCCAUGUCUCCCAUCGGUGCGGUCGCACGGCAAAACACUGGCUUCGACUCCAUCAUUGGCGAGAACACGGUAGUUCGUGAUGGCUGGGCCAAGGUCAAGGAGGAGGGCGGAGGGUUCAUGAAGUCCUUUUGGAACGAACGCUUCCUCGUCUUGCGGGAGAAGCAGCUCGACUUUCUGAAGUCCAACACGAGCAGCAAGACCACUAAUGUCAUCGCGCUGAGAGAAAUCCUGAACGUCACCCGCUGCGACAACUACCCCUUUAGUCUGGAAUUGGCCCGCGAGGGUGGCAAGGUGUGGAUUCUGCGAUUCGAGACCGACAAUGAAGUCUACGGCUGGAUGGACAACAUCUACGACCGCUGUCCGAGUACGAGCGGGGUCUCGCAUCCCACCGGCUUCUCUCAUCGCGUUCAUGUCGGCUUCGACCCCAACACCGGCGGCUUCGUCGGCCUCCCGGUCGAGUGGGAGCGGUUGCUCAAAGGAUCGGCCUUGACGAAAGAUGACAUGGCUAAGAACCCGCAAGCCGUCAUGGAGGUCCUGCAAUUUUACUCCGAGAAGAUAGCGCCGAGAGCGGAAAAUCCGAAAAUGUACCCUUCGCUGACGCCCACCCCGCCCCCGAGUAACAGCCGGGAGAAGCAGCUGGGAUACUCGGCCGGGACCAGCGUGGCACCGCCCAGACCACAGCCGGCUACAUACAACAGCUAUCAGAGCGGCAAUCAGCCUACCACGCCUAGCGCUACUGGGCCAGUCUCGAGAGAGGCACCGCAAGAUAGCAUGAUGCAGCAGAAGCGAAAUGAAUCCGCUCCGGUGUCUGCUGCAGAUGCCGCUAUGGAGGCUGACCGAAGAAGACGGCAAGAAGAGGCACGAAGACGCGCGGAGUCGGAGAAGCGACAGCAAGAAGAACGUAGGCGGCGACAAGAACAAGAAGACCGCGAGUACAACGAACAGAUUCCGAAAUCCAAAGUGCCGCUGGCGAAACAGGAACUUGCCCGAUACGGCUCGGAUUCGAGGGAUGGAAGUCCAGGCGCGCAGCCAUCAUCUGCCAGAUACAACGCAUCACGACCUGCUCCACCCGCGCCGUCGCAGAGUGGAAACGGACAGCCGGGUGCCUUGCCGAUCAGGAAUCUCCAAGCCUCUCGACCGGCUCCUGCGCCGCCCGGGCAGGCGAAUGGCGGUACCCCGACGAAGCCUACGACUAACGGCACCUCUCCAUACGGCGCCAAGCCGCCCGGUACACCAACUUCUGGACAAAGCGCCCAGCAGGGACGGGACGAUGUGUCGACAGGCGUACGAAAACCUCAAGGAUCAAGCCCACAGCACAGGCAGAAUCCGUCGGGCAACCAACAAGUCAAGCCGCUCAACGUAGCCGCCAAGCCAUCCGGCCCCAGCCCCAAAGAUCCCAUCAAACAAGCCGAAGCCGCACUCACGAAGAAAGCCGAUCCGAGCGAGAAGAAGGAGAAGGACGUGCGGAUGAGCGCCAUGUCGGAUGCGCAAGUCAUGGAACGGCUGCGCUCCGUAGUCAACCUGUCCAACCCUCUUGAGAGCUAUAACAAGCAGAAGAAGAUUGGGCAGGGCGCGUCCGGCUCGGUGUACGUGGCGCGAAUACGCGAAAGUGCGCCAUCCGCCACGGCCAGGGAUCUGAUCCGGCAGUACGGUCCGCGGGCGCAAGUGGCGAUCAAGCAGAUGGAUCUGCGUAGUCAGCCGCGGAAGGAGCUGAUUGUGAAUGAAAUCAUCGUGAUGAAGGAGAGCCGGCAUGACAACAUUGUCAACUUCCUGGAUGCGUUUCUUCAGGAGGACACAUUCGAGUUGUGGGUGGUGAUGGAGUUUAUGGAGGGCGGGGCGUUGACGGAUGUCAUUGAUAACAACAGCAGCAUUUCGGAGGACCAGAUUGCGACAAUCUGUCUGGAGACCUGCAAAGGCCUCAUCCACCUGCACAGCCAAAACAUCAUCCACCGCGACAUCAAGUCCGACAACGUGCUCCUCUCCUCGCGCGGCGCCGUCAAAAUCACCGACUUCGGCUUCUGCGCCAAGCUCACCGAGCAGCGCAACAAGCGCGCCACCAUGGUCGGCACACCGUACUGGAUGGCGCCGGAAGUGGUGAAGCAGAAGGAGUACGGCAACAAAGUGGACAUCUGGUCGCUGGGCAUCAUGGCGAUCGAAAUGAUCGAGUCGGAGCCGCCGUACCUCAACGAGGAGCCGCUCAAGGCGCUCUACCUCAUUGCGACGAACGGCACGCCGCGCCUCAAGAAGCCGGAGAAGCUGAGCAAGGAGCUCAAGAGUUUCCUGAGCGUGUGUCUGUGCGUGGACGUCAAGUCGCGCGCGACGGCCGAGGAGCUGGGCAAGCAUGAGUUUUUGCAGCAUGGGUGUAGUUUGGCGAGUUUGAGUGAGCUGUUGCGCUUUCGCAAGGGUGGCGCGCAUUGA